GCUGUGGGGCCCCCCAAAAGGCCCCAGCCUGUGGCCCUGGAGCGCUAUAAGGCGCGGCGUUCAGACGCCAUGGACACCGAGUCCCAGUACUCGGGCUAUUCCUACAAGUCGGGCCACUCCCGCAGCUCCCGCAAGCACAGGGACCGCCGGGACCGGCACCGCUCCAAGAGCCGAGACGGGAGCCGCGGGGACAAGUCGGUGACGAUCCAGGCUCCAGGGGAGCCCCUGCUGGACAACGAGUCCACGCGAGGGGAUGAGCGGGAUGACAACUGGGGGGAGACUACCACAGUAGUAACGGGCACCUCCGAGCACAGCAUCUCCCACGAUGACCUCACGCGCAUCGCCAAGGACAUGGAGGACAGUGUCCCGCUGGACUGCUCCCGCCACCUGGGCGUGGCGGCCGGGGCCACGCUGGCGCUGCUCUCGUUCCUCACGCCGCUGGCUUUCCUGCUGCUGCCCCCGCUGCUGUGGCGCGAGGAGCUGGAGCCCUGCGGGACGGCCUGCGAGGGCCUCUUCAUCUCCGUGGCCUUCAAGCUGCUCAUCCUGCUGCUGGGCAGCUGGGCGCUGUUCUUCCGCCGCCCCAAGGCCUCGCUGCCCCGCGUGUUCGUGCUGCGCGCGCUGCUCAUGGUGCUCGUCUUCCUGCUCGUGGUGUCCUACUGGCUCUUCUACGGCGUGCGCAUCCUGGACGCCCGCGAGCGCAGCUACCAGGGCGUGGUCCAGUUCGCCGUGUCGCUGGUGGACGCCCUGCUCUUCGUGCACUACCUGGCCGUGGUCCUGCUGGAGCUGCGCCAGCUGCAGCCGCAGUUCACGCUCAAGGUCGUGCGCUCCACCGAUGGCGCCAGCCGCUUCUACAACGUGGGCCAUCUCAGCAUCCAGCGCGUGGCAGUGUGGAUCCUGGAGAAGUAUUACCAUGACUUCCCCGUCUACAACCCUGCCCUCCUCAACCUGCCCAAGUCCGUCCUGGCCAAGAAGGUGUCUGGCUUCAAGGUGUAUUCCCUCGGAGAGGAAAACAGCACCAACAACUCCACAGGCCAGUCCCGGGCUGUGAUCGCCGCGGCGGCUCGGCGGCGGGACAACAGCCACAACGAGUACUACUAUGAGGAGGCCGAGCAUGAGCGGAGGGUGCGCAAGCGCAGGGCCAGGCUUGUGGUGGCGGUGGAGGAGGCCUUCACUCACAUUAAGCGGCUGCAGGAAGAGGAGCAGAAGAACCCGAGGGAGGUGAUGGACCCCCGGGAGGCAGCCCAGGCCAUCUUCGCCUCCAUGGCCCGUGCCAUGCAGAAGUACCUGCGCACCACCAAGCAGCAGCCCUACCACACCAUGGAGAGCAUCCUGCAGCACCUCGAGUUCUGCAUCACUCACGACAUGACGCCCAAGGCCUUCCUGGAGCGGUACCUGGCGGCCGGACCCACCAUCCAGUACCACAAGGAACGCUGGCUGGCCAAACAGUGGACGCUGGUGAGCGAGGAGCCGGUGACCAACGGGCUCAAGGACGGCAUCGUUUUCCUCUUAAAACGCCAGGACUUCAGCCUGGUGUUGCCCCACACGAGCCUCAAGAGGCCACCUGCGUCAGCAGAGCCUGGGAAGCUCGCUCUCUCUCCCCAGCCCUCACUUGGUGUCAUCCUGCAGGAAGCCGUGCCUCUCACCCUCCCUCUCCCUCCCGGAUGGAUGGCGGUCUCUUCUGAGAGGGGGCGGGGACCCCCUGAGCCCCCACCCUCCCUGAACCAGGUUCUUGUAGCAAUGCCGACUGUGGCCCCAGCAGGGUGUUCCCGGGGCACAGACAUGACUCCAGAGAGCCAUGGUGCCAAACUCCUCCAGGUGGUGGGUUAUCCACUCUUCCUGCCCGCUCAGCCUGCCCGGUACAAACGCUGAGUUCUUGGGGCAGGAUACCCCUGCGUCCCCCCCCAACACGGCCCGAGUCAGGGGUCUCCCCGCCACGGUCAUUGGCUUCGGCUGUCAGAGCCUCCCCUGCACAUCCACACACAUUCAGAGCGAGGGAAGAUCCUACCCUUCACUCCAAAGUCUCUACCUUCUGUUUCUGAGUUGUAUGGUCUGUGACCACAGGCAAACUGAGGCAGAAGCCCUCUGUGACCACGUUUCCUGGGCCAUGGGGGACAGUGCCUUCCCUCACUGGGUCCACCCUGGGCAGCCUCUGAGCGAAGGACGGGAGAGACCCGGGGAACAUCACAGAUCCCUGCCCUCCGAACCUACCUGUACUUUCGUUCCCGCCUUGCUGGGGCAGGUUUCCCCUUCCUGCUGAAGGACGGCAAGUAGACAGACGCCAGCCCAGAUUUAGUGGCUUGCAGACCAUGACCCGACCCCCAAGGUCUGAGACCAACAUUCCCCGCCCCCCCCCCCCGUGUGUCUUCUCUCAGUGCCAGGGACCUGUUGCCUCAUCUCGUUUUGGGGGGAGCCAGUAGCCCCCUCGUCCCCUGCCUUAAGCCCACUUCUUUGCCUCAGGGGUCUCUUUUCCUUGGCUGGCCAGGGUGCCCUCCUGUCUCCCUGCCUGGUUCUCUGGGCGCUCGUCUCCCUCAGUGCUGGGGUGAGGGGCCAGGAUUGCCGCCUUCAUGGGUAUCCGUGCCUCACCCUGUUGGGCUUCUGUAGUCUCUACACCCAGUCCGAAUUUUCCAGAGUUUAGGUCUCGUUUUGAGCAAAAUCCACUGGCCUUCUAAGACAUAUUUUCAGUCUACAUCUGAGCCUUUCACUCAGACGUGUUUCAAUGACGUAGUUUUAGCCGAGGGAACUGGACCCUCCAGCUGGGGUCCACGGGGAGGGCCGUUCGCGGCUGGGCUGCAUGUGCCCCGGGGCCAGGCCUCUGAGUAACUCGCCGUGCCCCCUCUGAGGCCCAUCUUCUGGCAGACUCACUGGUUCUUGCCAUGCGGGGUGCCCCGUGAGCUCUGAUCCGCACUGGUUUCUGACGGAGGCUUCCUGUGUGUGGGGACGGCCUGGGCGUGAUGGAGCCUCGUGAUGGCCUUUCCCCCUUGUUCCCUCUGAAAGAGCAUAUCUGUCCACCCACCGCUUUCUAGAGAAGGGCUCUUCAGUUUGCGCUGAGCCCGAUGCCCACAGGUGUGGCUUGGGGGCUGACUUAGGCAGUGCCCGAGGGAAAUGCAUCCUAUCCUGGGGGUUGUGGGAAGGCAUCUUUUCUUCUCUUCAAGGACCUGGUUUCAGAGGAGUCCCUCCUGGGUCACAUUUCUAAAUACCUCACUCUCCUGGAAAACGGGGCCUGGAUGGUGGGCAGGAGCGGGGUGUGGGGUGACGGAAGGACCGGGCUGGGGCGGGCAGACGGAACGUGUUUGGCUUCUUGGUUGCGGCCCUACGUUAGGGGCGGGGGAGUGUUUAUUUUCAGAACCUGCCAUGUUUUUAAUCACUGUGAUUUUUUCAUUCCUUUUUCCUAAAACAAAAAGCAGACUUUCCCCCAACUCUCUAAGCACUAAGGGCUGUGACUGAGAACGGUAGUGUUUUGGUCCUUUGCGUCACAACUGUGGUAUCUUUGUUUUCUUUGACGAUUAUUAUAAUUAUUAUUAUUUUGUGAAGUGUCAGGAUGAGUUGUCAAGUGUUUGGCUGCGUGUGUCUUUGCUUCUCCCGCACGGGGAGUUGUCUUCAUGCUGUGAACUGCUGCGGGGCGCGCCGCGGGCCCAGGCCCUUGGCGCACUGUCCGCCCUGCUCCGCCAGUCCCGCCACGUGCUGGGUUAUCUUACUCUUCUCCUGUGGGGGCGCACCUACCUGCGGCCCCCCUCCCACUCCCCCAGGACACCGGACGUGUGGCUGGGUCUCUGUGACUCCACAGCGUCCUAGCUCCUCCCCACCACCCCCACCAGGCCUUCCUGUCAUCGCCUUGGAGCACCCUGGGGAUGCUGCACCUCAGGCCUUCACCCGCCCCGCCACACUGCCACGUCCCCACCGGUCCCCUUUCUCUGACACGACCCUUCAUGCUCCGUUGACUCUCGCUUAUUUCUUUUUGAUCUUCGUCGUCUCUCCCCAUGCCUGUCCCAUCUGAGCCUUUCAUUUCUUGCUCCGCAUUCCUGUUGCAAACCCCGCCACGGUACCUGUGAAGAGGCAUUGGGACCCCCCGAAACACCCCUUCCCAGAGUCUGUGCUUCUCUCCUCUGUGGGGCCCGAGGAGCUCCCUCGCCCCUCCCUGCUAUCUGUCCGUCCGUCCGUCUGUCUGUCUGUCUUCUCUUUCCCCUGCCCUUCCCCCAGGGCAGCAUCUGCUGAUGGAUUCGGUCCUGGUGUGUGAUUGUUGUGAUUUGUUCUGUGCGCGAAAGGAAGGGGGCUUGUGUUAGGUCCCUUCCAAGUGAGAUUGUAAAUGUAGAAUUUGCCACUGUUGAAUCUAGAUUUUUUUUUUUCUUUUCUCUCUUUCUUUUUCGUUUCUUUCUUUCUUUUUCUUUUCUUCUUUUUUUUUUUUUUUGGGUUACAGAGACCUUGUGCAUGCAUGUAGAAAAUUGUAAAAUGUAAAUUUUUUUUUAAUAUAUAAAAAGCUUGUUUUUACAGUUUGCAGUGGAUCUAAACAUAAUGGCAAUUUUAGGGAUUUUUUUUCUUAAACAUAGGAACUAAAACUGUACAAAUUUUUUUUAUAUGAAA